UUUCAUCGACGACGCCUUCAUAUCUGGGGAAGUCCUCUCCCUUCGUUCCGUUAUGGAUUCCGGCCGAUUUGCCGUCGCACUCCUCUUCCUCUUCCUCUUCUCAUUUGCUACCGGUUCCUUAUCGGAACGAUUGAUCCGUAUGCCUUCGGGAGAUCGAGGUGCCUCGGUCUAUUCCGGUGUCCUCAGUUCUCGGAAAAACGAAUUGUUCUGCGAAAGCUGGAAAUUCUCCAUCGAAACCAAUGACGUCGGAGUGUGGUAUGUUGUUCCGGAAAAGUGCGUGAGUUUCGUCCAGGAGUACAUGAAUGGAGAACGAUAUCGGUCGGAUUCGGAGGUCAUAGCCGAUUACGCAUUGAAGCACGCGAGGACGGUGAAUAUUGCCGGCGACGGCAAGGAUGCUUGGAUCUUCGAUAUCGAUGAGACUUUGCUCUCCAAUAUGCCGUACUAUGUGAAUCACGGAUACGGAUCAGAAGUCUUUGAUGAGAAUUCUUUCAAUGAGUGGGUAGACUUGGCCGAGGCUCCUGCCUUACCAGCAAGUUUGAGGUUGUACACAGAACUUCAACAGCUGGGGUUCAAGAUCUUCUUGUUAACAGGCCGAAGUGAAGAUCAAAGAAAAAGUACAGAUAAGAAUCUCCAGUAUGCUGGAUUCACCAACUAUGAAAAGCUUAUCUUAAGGGGAACAUCAGAUUUAGGUAAACCAGCUACUUUAUACAAAUCCGAGAAGAGACAGGAACUAAAAGAUGAUGGUUAUAGAAUACAUGGUAGCUCGGGAGACCAAUGGAGCGAUUUGUUGGGCUUUGCAAUAGGAAAAAGAUCGUUUAAACUUCCAAAUCCAUUGUAUUACAUUGCCUGAGUUUAGAGCACAAUAUAAUGGUCAAAAUAUCCGUCACUUCUAGUUCUGCGUUGUUGAUUGCUUUCAUGUUUGCGAGCCAUGUUUGUCUGCCUUCAAAUUUGUGUAUUCGCUACUACAUCGUGUAAGGGUCACUUCUAUAUUAAUGGAUACUUAAUGGUAUUUCUUUUUCGUUAGUGA